UUGUCUGAGACCUGGAAAUGAAAGUAAAGAGAGAGAAAAAAAAAUAGACACAUGGGAGGAAACUGCAACCAAACGACAGUAAAGAGGUUUUUACGACAAAUAUCGUCCAAAUCCUGCUAGAAUCCUGUUAGAAUAUUCUAUGUGUCUUACUUUGUUCAGGGCUCAAAAACCAGCAGGGUGUUCUUAUGGAAAGGCAAAAACGGAGAGAAGAAAUCGAGAAAGGCCUGCAGUUUAUUCAAUCAACAAUACCAUAUGGUGGAAGUCCAGAUGAAUACCAGAUGUUUCUACAGCAGCUGGUCCUUAACUUGUAUGCUGAGGGCAAUGACACCUUUCAGGAGACUAACCUUAAGAUUGCAUUGGGCCACUACACAGAAGGACUGACUGUAGCAGAGUAUGCAGAAUCUGAUGGUCUCAGCAUUCCGCAAGAAUUGUUAUGCAAGUUGUAUGUGAAUCGAUCCUGCUGCUAUUUCUCAAUGGGUCUGUUCGAGAAGUCGUUGGAUGAUAGUGAACAUGCUCUGAGUUUGGACAAGGAGAACAUGCGGGCAUUAUAUCGCAAGGCCAAAGCACUGUACAAACUUGACAAGCAUCAGGAGGCUUACAGUUGCAUUAGCCACAGGUUGCUAGUGCUAGUGCAGGAUGAAAGCGUGACGGAACUGGCUCAAGAGCUUGUACAGAAAUUGGGUUUAAAACAGCGGAAAGCAUACAAGAGGCCACAGCAAGAAUUAGAGACGCUUGGCUUAGUCAGCAAUGGUACCUCAGUGGCAAACCAGGCUUCCUCAAAUAACCUAGAAUCUGUAGACGAUAUUUAUACAGAUAAUUUGUCACUGGAUACAAACUUUUUAAAAUCUUCACUUGAGAGUGAUGUCCUCAGCGAUGGCUUGCGAUUGGCUGUUUCUCAACCCUCAUCCAUAAAUUAUACUCAACCUGCUGCAAUUCUUAAUGACUGUGAUAUUAUUGGAGAGGAUCUGGACUCUCUAUUGGACUCUGAGAUGAUGCAGCAGCAACAAGCAUCCAUCUUGUCAAGCCAGAUGACUCCGUUAAUACCAGUGUUUCCUACUAUAACCCCCUUGCUCUCCAGCAUGGGUGCCAGUAGGCUACCAGCACCUUUACCGUUGCCUCCAGCCUCCUUCGGUUUGUUGGACUCUAGAAAAGCAACAGCCACAAAUUUCAAACCUCCCUUCAGUAUGAAUAUCCUCCUGCAUCCAGAACCACAUCUAGACACUUUGGACAGCUUCGAGGAGAGCCAGAAGACUUUAGAUUGUUUGGACACCUUCACAGAUCCUAAACCAUUAGAUUCUUCAGUAUUGAAAGGAAGCCAGAAUCACAACCCCAGUGCAACCACCUCAAACCAUUUGAUGCCUCUAAAGAUGGACACAGUGAUGCACAGAGGAGCUUCUCAAUUUGCCGUGCCAAACCCACUGGCCCAGACGUAUGACUUCAAACAAGCGUGUAUGCAGUGUUAUGUGAAGACAGGUCCCAAAGCUUUAGAUUUCAUUCACAGGGAGAAACUGGAACACAAGUGUAAAAAGGAUAUGUUGCUGGCACGAGGGAAGUCCUCUGAAAACAAGAGUUGGCUAAAGAUACGUCCAAGACCAACAAAAGUCAAUUUUAGUGGGCCUUAUAUUCUGUGCAAAGAUAUCUUGACUCGACAGGACUGCAAAUAUGGUGAAAAUUGCACAUUUGCAUAUUAUCAAGAAGAAAUAGAUGUGUGGAAUGAGGAGAGAAAGGGAAAUCUACACCGUGACCAACUUUUCCAUGCCUCUGGAGGGGCUAAGCCAACCAGUGUGGGCUGGCUACUUCAGGAGCAUAAAGGGAUCUUCAUCUUCUUGUGCCAGACUUGCUUUGACAGCAAACCCCGGAUCAUCAAUCAGAGAAGUUCUGAGAAACCAGAUUACUGCACAAACGCUACAAACCAACACAGGUUCUCUGAUCACAAGUGUCUUGUUCAUGUGCUUAACUCUAGCACUGUGCGAUACUCCAAGAUCCGCCAACUACAUCCGCGCUUCCAGCUGGACAUGUGUAGACACGAGCUUCGGUACGGUUGCAUCCAGGAAGACACCUGCAAUUUUGCACAUAGCCACGUAGAACUGUGUGUCUGGCUGCUUCAGCGACAAUCUGGCAUUUCACAGGAAACAAUUGUACAAGAAUCUGAACGAAUGUGGAAAGGAUCUGAACCAAAACCCAAGGUACCUUCCAAAUCACUGGACAUGAAGAUGAAGUUUGUCUGCAGCCUAUGCUUGCGUAGUGGGCGUGAGAUUGAGGCAGAUCGGGAUGGAAAGUACUGCAAUGCAAAAGCUAGGCACAGCUGGACAAAAGACAAGCGAGUCCUGCUUGUGAUGUCAAAGUCCAAGAAAAAAUGGGUUGCCAUCAGACCCCUUCCAUCAGUUCGAUUGUUUCCACAGCAAUAUGAGAUCUGUGUUCAUGUACAGAAUGGGAAGAAGUGUCAGUAUAUUGGCAAUUGCUCGUUUGCACACAACACAGAGGAGAAGGAUAUCUGGACAUUUAUGAAGGAGAACAAAGUCCUGGAUCUCCAACUGAUUUUUGACUUGACCAUGAAGAACAAUUGCUCAGCAGACAAAGCUGCAAAGGGGGCAUCAGCACCUCAGAAGGAAACAGAGAAGCAGAUCUUGAUGCCCACCGAUUACGCAGAUCUUAUGGCUGGAUUUCACUGCUAUCUGUGUGGCAAAAACAGCAACAGUGAAAGGCAGUGGCAGAAGCACAUCCAGUCUGAGAAGCAUAAAGACAGGGUUUUCACACUGGAGAAAGAGGAAAGUACCUGGAAGUUCCGUUUCCCUGCCGGAGAGUUCAAGCUGUGUGAACGGUACGAAGAGACCAAGAGUUGUCCAAAUGAGGCCAAUUGUCCAUUUGCUCACGGCCAGGAAGAACUGAAAGAAUGGCUGGAGAGAAAAGAAUUCUUGCAACAGAAGGUUACCAAAGCACGCAAAGACAUGCUGCUGGAGCAAAGUGACUCUGACUUUGGCAAAUACACUUUCUUGCUGAAGGAUGUGCCUGACGAGUAGGGGACAAGGGGGUUAGGGAUUCUGUAUGGAGUGAAGACAAAAAGAAAAAUGCAUACUCCCUCCAGAACACCAUCUCUUAAGAUACUCCCCUUCCUGUUGAAUUUCAUGUCUUAAUGUCCCAUCACAGAUCUUUACAGCAAACUUCAUUCGUGUGACCUGAUGUCAACUUUUUAAAUGUAUUGCUUAUAAAAAUGUCACCCUGCAGAGAAUCCAUGAAUUUAACACAGUAUAACACACAUUUCUGCAGUGUGCAUUUUCUAUAAGCUUUUCAACAAAAAGGUAUUCUUCCAUCUCUGGGCUGCAAGCCAGCAAUUAAAUCAUUUUUAUGAAAAUUCAGAUCAGUGUUCUCUUAGACUUUAACAGUGCAAUUUGUAAUUCUGUAGAUAUUUGGUUGAUCACAAGUAUUCAUUUUAUGUGGGCAUAUAUCUAUGCACUUUGUAACCUGUCAAAAUCCCUGACACCACGGUGUAAUUAGGUAAGAGUGCUAGCUUAAAUUACUAGCAUAUUUAUCUUUAUCUACAAUGUCCUGCUAUUGUCUGUCUGACAUAUAUGAAGCAGAGUCAUUGACUGGGCUGCACAUGCUCGUAUUGCAAUAACAUAAUGUGUUGUGCGAUUGACUGUGACCUGGUGAAUAAUAUCACAUUUCCUAAAUCAAGUGGACCAGUCACCAGGAAUUCAAAGUGAAUUGGAAAUUUAAGGCCAAAGUAGCUGAACUGGUAGCCAAUUAAUCCUUUGCAUGCCAAAUCAUUUGUGCAUUAGCAAAUUAUAUUUGAAGUAUUAUGAAAAUCUGGUGUGCUUGUGGCCUUUGAGGGCUAGAGUUCAAUGCCCCUGCCUUAUAACAACCAUGGUUUAAUCUGAAUGCCUGCUAUUUUCUUGUUGGCCUGUGCAUGUACGGCUUGGAAGCACUCUACUGGAUUGGCUUUUUGUGUUUUGAAAAAAAAAAAAAAAGGACUAAAUCAGUUUUCUCAGAGGAACCAGGUUGUCCACAGAAAUACCUAUUGCACUGAACAACUGUAGAGCCAAUUCAUGUGUAUGAAAUGUAAUAAGGUAUUUAACCCUAAAGUAAUUGUAGAGAUCUCAUGCUAAUUCAAAUCCAUUAAAGAAUGAUCCCAUAGUUCAGUUUUUAUUAUUUUUGUUUCACAACUACUACCCCUGGACUAAAUAUGACCUUUUUUUUUUAGCAUUUUUCUUUUUCCAUGUUUCACUAAAAUGUACGAGCUGAAUUCAGAAGUGGGACUGGUCACAGUGUUGUCUGUUUUACAGAUCCGUCUGAAUAAAUAAUCAAGAAGACAAAGUCUUGGUGUUGGCUCAAAAGUGUGUUGCAUUAACAUCAGCUUGAAAAGUCAUUAAAUAUUUUCUUUUAAAAAGUA